AUGGAGCAAUGUGUGACGGUGGAGCGGGAGCUGGACAAGGUGCUACAGAAGUUCUCCGGCUAUGGACAGCACUGCGAGCGGAGCCUGGAGGAGCUCAUCGACUACACGGGCGGCCUCCGGAGGGAGAUCAUGCAGGCCUCGGACCAAGAUGGCGAAUUAUCGGGGACGUUAUCGCUCGUGUUAACACAGUGUUGUAAAAGGAUAAAAGACACCGUGCAGAAGCUGGCCUCUGACCACAAAGACAUCCACAGCAGUGUGUCCAGAGUGGGGAAGGCGAUUGAUAAGAAUUUUGAUGCAGACAUCAGCAGCGUGGGCAUCGAUGGCUGCUGGCAAGCCGACAGUCAGCGUAUCCUCAACGAAGUAAUGGUGGAGCAUUUCUUCAGGCAGGGAAUGUUGGACGUGGCUGAAGAACUGUGUCAGGAAGCCGGUCUCUCAAUAGAUGCAAGCCAAAAAGAACCAUUUGUGGAACUUAACCGAAUAUUGGAAGCAUUGAAAGUUCGAGUUCUCCGACCAGCCUUGGAGUGGGCAGUGUCAAACAGGGAAAUGCUGAUGGCUCAGAACAGCUCACUGGAGUUCAAGCUACACAGGUUAUACUUCAUUAGUUUAUUGAUGGGUGGAGCGGCCAACCAGAGGGAGGCGCUGCAGUAUGCCAAAAAUUUCCAGCCCUUUGCUUUAAAUCACCAGAAAGACAUCCAGGUGCUUAUGGGAAGCUUGGUGUACCUGCGGCAGGGUACUUUGAGGUAUAGAGAACUCGCCUUAUGUUCAUCUGUUGGAUGCAAACCAGUGGGCGGACAUCUGUGACAUCUUCACUCGCGAUGCCUGUGCCCUGCUGGGUCUCUCUGUAGAAUCUCCUCUCAGUGUUAGCUUCUCUGCUGGUUGUGUGGCUCUUCCAGCCUUAAUUAACAUAAAAGCAGUAAUUGAACAACGGCAGUGCACAGGAGUGUGGAACCAGAAGGAUGAACUGCCAAUUGAAGUGGACCUUGGCAAGAAGUGCUGGUACCAUUCUAUAUUUGCCUGUCCAAUCCUUCGUCAGCAAACCACAGACAAUAAUCCUCCUAUGAAACUUGUUUGUGGACACAUAAUAUCCAGAGAUGCUCUAAAUAAAAUGUUUAAUGGUAGCAAAUUAAAAUGCCCGUAUUGCCCGAUGGAGCAGAGUCCAGGAGAUGCUAAGCAGAUCUACUUCUGA